UCUGCGUUUGCGGCAAAGUCAUCGCGGGUCUUUUCGCGCUGCGCCUGUUCCGCGCUGCUGCCUUGGGAUCCCUCCGCACACGAUCCAAGAGGACACGAUCUCCUGACGCGGCCUCCUGACAUCCCGCUCCCUUUCCCCUCCUCCCCUUCACUCAGCCUUCCCUCGAUAGAUCUGGCGCAAUUAUGGCACUUGAGGACCUCCACUUCAACCUCGCCACCACCAUGGUCCCUGAGGAAGGCGCCCUCCCCACCAUCCGCACCAUGCCACCGACACGCAGCGGCGCUCUACCAACCUCGCGUAACCCGGCUGCUGCUGUUGUGCUGUCUCAGCACUUGUCUCAGCUGGGUGAUGCACAGCUUCAGCACAUCUAUCAUCUGGCGCGUUGCCGCACCAUCGAGCUGUGGAUUGUGGUGGUUGGCGCCUUCACAUGCUGCAUUCCUGUUGCCUGCGUCGGUGGCGGGCUGUUCGUCGGUGCCACUCUGUCGGCCGUCGUUGCCUCCUGGGAUGCUGUCCUGCUCAGCAAGAGCCAGGAGAUGAUGAUCGAGUCCAGGAAGGUGCUGGGACAUCGAGGCGUCACCAAACUGGACAGCUGGAGCACUGAGGGCGUGUGCAAGAAGGACGUCGACUGGGCUAUUGUCAAAGGCGUCGGCAAGCUGAUCCUCAAGAUUACUCUUGCUGUCCUUCCGUGGGAAAUGAUGUUCGCGGCAGUUGGUCAGGCCAUAGCAGAGGCGAGCAUGGAGGCAGUCAUGGAGCGGAUGGAUGUGAUGAUGGAGAAGCUGGUGGGUCAGGUGGGUCAGAUGGUGCAUCUGGAUGCCAUCUUGACCCAGUUGGAGGGCAGAAUGCCCUGGAUGCUGAAGGCAGCAGCAUGGGUCGGGAAAGGGCUGGGCCUGGGAGACAAGAUCAAGGAGAUCCUCGAGCUUGUUGGCAAAGGUGAGAAUGCCAACACGCGCAGACUAGUCAAUUGGCCCCUCUGUUGCUCUGUUGCUUUACGACCUCUUUAAUGCGUGCAGGCAUGGCUCGUGCGGUCAAGAAUGCUUUUGACGAGUCCCGAGAGGAGUGGCACAUCAUCUUGAAGGACUUCUUCAACGAAGCGGCGCAGAGUACAGAAGAUCUGACGGAAGAUAUGAGGGACGACCUGCGACAGAAGCUUCGCCAAGUCUUCGAUGACAACCUGAAGAAGAGCCUCGACAAGGAAGUGGACUUCGGGGCUCUCGGUGAGGGAGCUGCCGAAGAGGCGGCAGAGCGCAUCAGCGACUUUACCGAUGACAGCAUUGACGACUACGCAGACCAGGCAUUCAACGCUGCUGCCGAGGGCGUGAAGUUCCGUCUCCAGGCGCAAGCCGUGGGACAAGCGACCGGCUACAUCGUGCAGCUGGCCAACAAGCUGCGCAAAUUGUCGAGCAAGCAGCUCGGCCGCGAGAAGUACUACAAGUGCUUUCAGGAGUAUCUAGCUCAGAAGACGGCCAACGCACUCACUGCUAGCGCAUAAGGUGAGAGGAGACGGCACAACAGCCUGGAGUCGAGACCGCAUCCGUGUGUUGUCUUCAAUCAGCUUCAUGGCGUCUGCCUGGUCAUGCAUAUCCGUCUGUCUGUGCGUUUGUGGUGUCGGAUAGGGUGAGUGCGCCGAGGGGGUCAUGCGUGUAUGUGGGAUUGGUGGCAUGCCGCCUUUUUCAAUCGAUCCCCACAUGCAUACAUACAUACAUACGCACCAGUGUACAGUGUUUUACCGACAACCUGCAUAAAUUGCAUGAUGACAGAGCGCACAUGUGUGCGUGUCUGCAUGCAUCGCGUUUGUGUGUGCGGCUUUUUGUGGAUGUGCCUGUACGUGUCGUGUGGUGCUACGUGGUUGCCGAGUCGUCCGGUGGAUGCUGCGGUUGUGAUGUCUGUUUUUCCGCUUUAUUGUGUGUUGUGUGGUGGUUGGGGAUCAGUUUUGACCGCUUUUUGCGCCUCCCUCCACGCACGCCCAAAGGGUGCUGUCUAUCGACACACAAUGCAUGCAGGAUGACUGAGGGAUGUGUGUGCGUGCGUGUGGUGGUUUAGUAAAAGAGGAUGUGUCCCACUCACUCGUUCUGUCUCCCCAUAUCCCCGUAUGCCUGCGUCCCUUCCUUCCUCCCUGUGUGUGUUGCUGCGGUGUGGCUUUUCUCGCACGUACGUAUGUCUGGGCGAAGCGUAUCGAGAGCGGGGGAGAAGGGAGGGGACACAGAACGGCCGGCGGUGUGUUUGUGAGUGUAUGCGAUUGCGUGCUCUGUGUCCAUACGUACGUACGUGCCACCUAUGUGUAUAUAUAUAUGAGGCGGACUGCGGAGGACUGUCAAGUCCGCAGCAGGAAGUUUCGCCCGGCGACCGAGCAGCGUCGUCGUUGAGUCGUGUAACGUAUCUGCACUGAUUGAUCGGAAACGUAUCUGCGCUGAUUGAUCGGUGCGAGGACACAGACAGAGUCGUCUGGUGUCCGUCCUUUCUUUCGCGUGAUGGCUGAUCCCCUUGUCAGGUUUGCCAGUUUGGCAAGACGAACCACUGCGAGCUUGUGAGCUAGGGUAGAGUGCUGUGUAACGGAGAGAGAGAGGUGAAGACAAGGAAAGACAAGGAAAGCAUUCUGAGGAGACACGAUCUUAUCAGCCAUCACCGAAGUGAGAUCUGUGUUGACCACCCUUCAUGAUGUCAUACAUGGACAGAAACAACUUUAAC